CCGGGGCCCUGCCCUUUGCUCUGGUGCUCUUCACUAAGUCCCGAGGCUCUGGAGAGUGGGCGUGGGAGUAGCCCUAGUUGAGACUCCAGGUCCUCCCGGCUGUUUAGGGGGCCCCAGGCGAUAGCCGCGUUCGGAUCCUGGCUACCAGCCAGGGGAGGGAGCUUGGGUUUCAUUUCCACGGACCCUCCUGCCUGGGCCGCAGCCGCCGCCGCGAUGCCCAGCAAGUUCAGCUGCCGAAAGCUCCGGGAGGUUGGCCAGAGGUUCGAGAGUUUCCUGGCCGAACAGGGACUGGACCUGGAGACAGAUCGCGAGCGGCUGCGGGCGGUUUACAACCGCGACUUCAAGCCCAGCUAUGGGACUCCUGCCCCUGGCUUCUCCUCCAUGCUGUAUGGAAUGAAGAUUGCAAAUCUGGCCUUCGUCACCAAGACUCGGGUCAGGUUCUUCAAACUAGACCGCUGGGCUGAUGUGCAGCUACCAGAAAAGAGGCGAAUAAAACCAGGCUCGAGUAUCAGCAAACAACACAGAUCACUGUUGGCCAGGAUCUUUCAUGAUAGGGAUGAGUAUCUUCAUGGGAAGCAUGGGGUGGACGUGGAAGUCCAGGGGCCCCAUGAAAUCCGAGAUGGGCAGCUCCUUAUCCGCCUGGAUUUGAACCGCAAGGAGGUGCUGACCCUAAGGCUCCGAAACGGAGGGACCAAGCCUGUUACCCUCACUCAUCUCUUUCCUCUCUGCUGGACACCCCAGUUUGCCUUCUACCAUGGUGAACAGGACCUGCCCUGCCCACUGGGCCCAGGUGAAAGCUAUGAGCUGCAUGUCUACUGUAAGACCAGCAUAGUGGGCUACUUCCCAGCCACUGUCCUCUGGGAGCUGCUGGGACCUGGGGAGUCAGGGGCAGAAGGAGCAGAAACUUUCUACAUUGCUCGCUUCUUGGCUGCCGUCGCCCACAGCCCCCUGGCCGCACAGCUGAAGCCCACAACCCCCUUCAAGCGCACCCCUCGGCUCACUAGAAACCCUGUGUUGACCAACCGGAUAGAGGAAGGAGAGAGACCUGACCGUGCCAGGGGCUAUGAACUGGAGUUAAGUUUGGCCCUGGGGACCUACUACCCACCCCUCCGCCUCAGGCAACUGCUCCCUACCCUUCUUCAGGGACCGAGUAUCUUCACGUCUCCAAAGGAGGUUGCUGAGAUCAAGGCCCAGUUGGAGACAACCCUGAAAUCCAGGAACUAUGAGGUGAAGUUCCGGCUGCUGCUACACCUGGAGGAGCUGCAGAUGGAGCAUGACAUCCGGCACUAUGACCUGGAGUCGGUACCCAUGACCUGGGACCCUGUGGACCAGAAUCCCAGGCUGCUCACACUGGAGGUUCCUGGUGUGACCGAGAGCCGUCCCUCGGUGCUACGGGGUGACCACCUCUUUGCCGUCUUAUCCUCUGAGACCCACCAGGAAGACCCUGUCACCUACAAGGGUUUUGUACACAAGGUAGAACUGGACCGUGUCAAGCUGAGCUUUUCCACAAGCCUCCUGAGCCGAUUUGUGGAUGGGCUGACCUUCAAGGUGAACUUUACCUUCAACCGGCAGCCCCUUCGGGUCCAGCACCGGGCCUUGGAGUUGACAGAGCGAUGGCUACUGUGGCCCAUGCUUUUUCCCGUGGCCUCCCGUGGGGUCUCGCUGCUACCCUCAGAUGUGAAGUUCAAGCUGUAUGACCGGAGUCUGGAGUCGAACCCAGAGCAGCUUCAGGCCAUGAAACACAUUGUGAGGGGCACCACCCGGCCUGCCCCCUACAUCAUCUUUGGGCCUCCAGGUACCGGCAAGACUGUCACGUUAGUGGAGGCCAUCAAGCAGGUAGUGAAGCUCCUGCCCCAAGCCCACAUCCUGGCCUGUACGCCAUCCAACUCAGGGGCUGACCUCCUCUGUCAGCGCCUCCGGGUCCACCUGCCCAGCUCCAUCUACCGUCUCCUGGCCCCCAGCAGGGACAUCCGAAUGGUACCUGAGGACAUUAAGACCUGCUGUAACUGGGAUGCUAAGAAAGGAGAGUAUGUAUAUCCCGCCAAGAAGCAUCUUCAGCAAUACCGGGUCUUAAUCACCACCCUCAUCACGGCCAGCAGGUUGGUGUCAGCCCAGUUUCCCAUCGAUCACUUCACACACAUCUUCAUCGAUGAGGCUGGCCACUGCAUGGAGCCUGAGAGUCUGGUGGCCAUAGCAGGACUGAUGGAUGUCAAGGAAACGGGCAAUCCAGGAGGGCAGCUGGUGCUGGCAGGAGACCCUCGGCAGCUGGGGCCUGUGCUCCGUUCGCCGCUGGCACAGAAGCACGGACUUGGCUACUCUCUGCUAGAGCGCCUGCUCACCUACAACUCCUUGUACAAGAAGGGCCCCAAUGGCUAUGACCCCCAGUUCAUCACCAAACUGCUCCGCAACUACAGGUCUCACCCCACCAUCCUGGACAUCCCUAACCAGCUGUACUACGAUGGGGAGCUGCAGGCCUGUGCGGAUGUGUUGGAUCGAGAAAGGUUCUGCCGCUGGGAGGGGCUGCCUCGGCAGGGCUUUCCCAUCAUCUUCCACGGUGUAAUGGGCAAAGAUGAGCGAGAGGGCAAUAGCCCAUCCUUCUUCAACCCCGAAGAGGCCGCCACGGUGACGUCAUACCUGAAACAGCUGCUGGCCCCUUCCUCCAAGAAGGGGAAAGCCCGCCUGAGCCCCCGGAGCGUGGGCGUCAUCUCCCCAUACCGGAAGCAGGUAGAAAAAAUCCGUUACUGCAUCACCAAACUUGACCGGGAGCUUCGAGGACUGGAUGACAUCAAGGAGUUAAAGGUGGGCUCCGUGGAAGAAUUCCAAGGGCAAGAACGAAGCGUCAUCCUCAUCUCCACCGUCCGGAGCAGCCAGAGCUUUGUGCAGCUUGAUCUGGACUUUAACCUCGGUUUCCUUAAGAACCCCAAGAGGUUCAAUGUGGCUGUGACCCGGGCCAAGGCGUUGCUCAUCGUAGUGGGCAACCCCCUCCUCCUAGGCCAUGACCCGGACUGGAAAACAUUCCUGGAGUUCUGUAAAGAAAACGGGGGUUAUACUGGAUGCCCCUUUCCUGCUAAACUGGACCUGCAGCAGGGACAGGACUUACUCCAAGGUCUGAGUAAACUCAGCCCCUCUACCUCAGGGCCCCACCGCCACCAAAAUCUCCCUCAGGAGCGGGAGGGUGAAGGAGGCCUGUCCUUCCAAGUGGAGCCAGAGUGGAGAAAUGAGCUCUGAAGACACAGCUGCCGCCUUCUCAGACCAGCCAAGCCUUAUUGCUGCCUAUUCCUCAGAACCCAGCUCACCUGUCCCCGCGAGAGACAGGAAGGCUGGGACGUUUACAUCCCCAACCCUUCCACCCCUUCCUCUGCUAGGGAAAAUUAACCCAAGCUGCUAAAAUUUGGAGGAAGGGGGAGGAAGAAAAGCUUUUUCUUUUUUUCCAUCUCCUUCGCAGUACUGGGGAUUGAA